AUGGUGUCGAGCCGGUCCCUCCUGACGGUCUUCGCGACCUUCAUUGCGGUCGCUGCCAGCCAAAAAUGUUACGCGGUCGACGGUACGGCCCUCGACAGUACAUACACGCCAUGCAACCCUAGCGCGAAGCACAGCAGUUGUUGCGCGUCCACCGAUGUUUGCAUGAGUAAUGGAUUGUGUAUGGGAACAACGAACGAGUCGAUUGGCAUGAUCUUCUCAAGAGGAUGUACGGACUCCAAGGGAAAGGAUGCUUCGUGCCAACAAAUAUGCCCUGGUGUUUCCGACGACUCCAACGGUCUCAAGCCGGUAAAAGCUUGGCAACUCCAAACGUGCGACUCGGGGGAAUACUGUUGCCGCGGCGCCGAUGAUACAAAAAGCUGCUGCGACAACGCAAAGGCACCGAAAGUCACAACUACGUUCAGCGCUACCCUCCAGUUACAAACUCCAACUGCAACCAAUCCUGUUGCAGAAGUCGUCGCAACCGCAGUCUCUACCGGAACCCCCUUCGAAGCCACCACCACACCAACCGCCCAUGCGUGCGCCAAAGAGAAGCGAGAGACUGCAAUAGUCGGCGGUACCAUCGCAGGUGUAUUCAGCAUGCUGAUAGCGGGCCUGUCUGCUACUGUCUACUGGAUGUACAAGAGGGAGAAGAGGCAGCGCAAGCUAAAGGAACACUACGAGGAGCAGUUCUCCCAGACCAAUGCGUAUAGAAAAGCGUUGGCUUCGAGCGCAGGGUCUUGCAGAGGCAGUGUGCUCCUGGACGAGCUAAAACUGAAGUCUAGUGCUUCAGAGUAA